AUGCCUUUGCAAAGCAAGAACGAGAGCCGAAUUGGUAGGACGUAUACACAAUACGGAACAAGGUUCUGCAAUGUUGGUUAUGUCAAGUCACCGUUGAAGCCGGCCAAACCUGGACGGUUCCGCCAAUCGGAGCCUUCAAAGUUUUUGGACAAGCAUCCUUUGUCACGGCAAAUCUCCAUGAUUGGCUUGCAUGACAUUGACCAAAGAAUGUGGAAUGUUGUCCCCCGCCGCAAGCCGCAAGUGGAAUGGCGUGUUUAUCGUUGCCGAUCUGUCGUCCCCGCACCUCACGGAAUCUUCUCCGGCGGUUCUUCUCCAAUCAAAUACAACGUGCCAACCUCCGGAUGGUCGGUGACGGUUCUUGUCUGCAAGACAGCUGUCUCUGGUUCAAUUUAA